AUGACCUAUUCUAUAGCAUCCUAUUCGCUGCUCGUCAGUGCCGCACUGGCAUUGGUCGCCACAACACCGAUUCAUCCUCGCGCCGCAGCGUCGUGGCCGGACCCGGAGCCAUAUACAUGGUACCGCUUCUCGACCAACGACAACAUCCUCAUUGCGAACGCGCCCUCGCUUAAUGGGCCUUGGACGUACCAGCAGCAGAUGCUGCCCCAGGGCAGCAUCAUCAAAGUCGCUGCUGAUCAAGAACUCUGGGCCCCCGACGUCCACCUCAUCGACAACACAUACCACGUCUACUACGCCGUCUCCACCCUGGGCAGCCAAGCCUCAGACAUCGGCGUCGCCACAGCGCCCUCGCUCGAGGUCGGCAGCACCUGGACCGACCACGGCAGCCUCGGGAUCCCCAAGAGCUCGAACUACAACCUCAUCGACCCAAACCUCUUCCGCGACGGGGGGGACACGCACCACUUCGUCUUCGGCUCCUUCUGGCGCGACAUCUUCCACACAACCCUCUCCGCCGCCGACCCGACGACCUGGUCCGGCGUCACCCCCGCAAACGUCGUCUACAACUCGACCAUCCGGCUCGGGACAACCACCACGACCGUCGAAGAGGGCGCCUUCCAGUUCUCCACCACCGUGCGCGGCACGCCGUGGCACUACCUCUUCUUCUCCAGCGGGCUGUGCUGCCAAGCGCCCGACGCCCUGGCGCCCGCGGGCGAGGAGUACAAGGUCAUGGUGUGCCGCGCCGCCGCGCCCACCGGCCCGUUCGUCGACCAGGCCGGGAACAGCUGCCUCGCCGGGAACGGGGGCACGCUGGUGCUGGGCAGCCACGGGUUUGUGUAUGCGCCGGGGGGCCAGGGCGUGCUGGUUGAUGAUGGGGGGGGGCGGGAUGUUUUGUAUUAUCACUAUGUGGAUACGCGCAUUGGGUAUGCGUAUGCGGAUUUUCAGUUUGGGUUUAAUUACUUGGAUUUCGAGUCUGGGUGGCCUGUGGUUACGACUUGAUGAAUGGAUGGGAGGGAGGGGGGAUAGGACCUUUUUUAUACGACGUUAAGAUUGGAAUGAAAUGAGAGAAUGUAAUAUGGUACCGGCAGGGCUGGUUGUCAAAGCUGUGCGCUCUAGUUCUGCUCGGAUAAUCCUCGAUACUCCUCGAUCGGUAGCUUCCAUUCAGACACUCCUCAGCGAGUCCUCGGAUGCGGGUUUGAGGAAUGAAUCUGAACGCGAAAAUCCGAAAAGACUCUAGUGCCCGAGGAGUUGAAGCUGCCAUGCUAGAAAAGGGCGCGUGAUUUUUUGGGAUACUCAAAAGUAGAAAACGCUCGGGAUUUUUCCGCUUUACAUGCUCAGAUAGCGCAAUCUAAGAGGCGUCUCCAAAGAACAAAACUAGGCA